GUAGUUUCAUGAGAAAAGGGAAUACCCCUCAGUCUCUUCCGUCAGUUCAUGGGCACACGCUCAGAAGAGGCAACAAUGUGCAAGGGUUCGGCUGCCUUUUAUUCCACUCUUGGUUUUGUGUGUCUCUUCUCAACUAUUCCUAAAGAGGUGACAGGGAAGUGUGACUGCAAGAAUUUGGGCUCAUUCAAAAAAAAUUGUAACAACACAGAAGGAAUCCAUGAUUUUACCUGCUUUAUAAGAUAUAUAAGAAGUAACCGUGAGUACUUCUGUAAUUGGAAACCUGGAAGAGACCAUUCAACAUCAUACACACUCUGCACACAUCAGAGGAACUGCAAAUGUAAUGCUGAAAAUCAGAAUUUGAGAAUCAAUAACUCGACUGUGACCUCAGUUGGAAUAUUUGUGAUAAAUGGAUACAAUAUGUCAGCUCACGUUAUUGCGACAAGUCAGGAUCAGAAGAGCUGCACCCACAAAGAGUUCAGUGGUACUCCGUCACAGAUGACACGGUGCGGCCCUCCAACAGCAACUUUCAAAAGAAGCUCAGGCCAGCUCUUUGUUGAUGUGCACUGGGGCGAUGAGAGCAGUUAUAUCAAACAAUUCUCUGUAAAGUUCAGAGAGUUCAACACUACAUGGUGGAACGAGCAAAUUUCUGAAAACAACAGGGAAUGUGUUGUGAGUAAUCUGACAGCUUCUCUUUCUUACGAGAUGCAAAUACGUUGCAUUCGCACCUCAGAGUGCUCACAGUGUCUUCUCGGUGAGGUCAUCACUGUCCCACAGGAACUCACAGAUGAACCAACUAUCUGGCAUGAAAUUCAAGACCAUCAACAAUGUAAUUUCAUAUCAGAAGGGCAGAGAAGAGUAAUCGUGAAGUGGAAGUAUGCAAACAGUGAUGCUGUGAAUGACUACAAUGUGACCGUAUGGAAAUUGUCUGGGGAACGCAGCAAUCAGGACAAUUACACCACUAAAAAUCUAUCGCUCACACUGGUCCUGUCCUACUCUGCCUACAACAUCAGUGUCAGGGCAAACAAUACUGCUGGAUUGUCCCCUGCCGCCAGUAUAGCUAUAGAGCACAUGGAUGUUUGGAGGGAGGGGUUUAAUGUCAGUAUAAACAGCAACAGCAGUUUCAACCUGUCCUGGAGCAGCUCCAUCUCCAGUGUGUGUUACUCUGUGGAGUGGUGGGCCAAAGGACAGAUACCAACUUACCGAUCAUUCUAUGUGAAGGGGACACAUAGACAAAUAACGAAGAUAUCUGAGAGUGUUUUUCAGCCCUAUAUUAGAUACUACUUCUUCCUGCAUACCAGACCAGACACAGAUACCUGCAACAUGAAGAAUGUGAACAACAGUGAGAAGACCUACAGCACAGCUCAAGCUUACCUUAUUGAAGGAAGUCCUAUCAGUCCUCCUGGUAAUGUGAGCAUUUUGAAUAUUACCCAGCAUUCCUCAGUAAUCACGUGGAGCCCUGUGUCUGAGAAGAAUCUGCGUGGAUUCUUACAAGGAUACAUUAUCUUCUACACAGAAAACAACACUGAAACAUCCAUCACAGUGGAUCCAAGUCUGAACAGCUAUGAGUUGCUGAACCUUAAAAGCAACAGUGCAUACCGAAUUCAGCUUUCAGCAUUUACAGUGGCUGGAGAAGGCGAGCGCAGCGAUCCCAAACCCUUUGUUACACACCCCCCAGCAUCCACAGCUUUAAACAUCAUUAUAGCCGCAGUCAUCGUGGCAAUAGUCGUCCUUUUGCUGGCUGUUCAUUUCAGCUGUCGACUUCUGCACAGAGCUAAGAAGCUGCUUUGGCCAAGUAUACCAAACCCUGGAAACAGUAAUGCAGUUCAGAAAAUCGACAUUGGCCAUGAACUGGAUAUUCUGGAGCCUCUGAACAGACAGAGGUUAGAAGAAAGUGAGGGAUGUGAUUCCAGUACAGUGUGUGUCAUUGAGAGCAAGAAAGAUGUGUCUUCUCUCAGCUGCCCUCCAACAUCCCCGCCUGGUGUGAAGCCCACCCUCAUCCUCAGUGAAGAUGAGGCUAAAACACCCAUCCUGGAGGAGACCACAACCCCAGACACCCCAACACUUGCCCCAAACAAAGAGUCUGUUUCCACAGUGACCUUUCCAAUGGACCUGAAUGAGAAAGACUCUACUCUGAGAGCUUUUAUUGACAAUGACAUCAUAAGUCCAGAGAGCAAAGACCCUGGAGAUACCAUCUCCAACAUCAUAGGAACAAACUCUGCCCCCGCAGCUUCUGGGAAGCCUGCUGUGGUUUUCAUGAGCGAUUACACCACUAUGGAGUUAUUCCAGCAGGUCGCCAUGGCUGGUAUUAAGGGUCCAUUUGCCCAAACAGGGAGUUCAGGGUUUGUUUCUGGACAUCCAAGGCAGGACUACAUACGCCAGUCCUGUUUUGAAGGAAAUAGUAACCCAUCAGGAGGAUGUAAUGGUACAGACAUCUUGCACACAGAUAUUACUGUGCUCUGAGCGAACUUCUUAAAAUGAUAUCAGUACUCUACAGUAGAAAGUGUACACUAAGGACUGCUGACUUUUACAUCUGCCUGACAGUGUCACAUUCAGAAGAUUUCAAGGAUCGUUUCAUGUAAAAAAAGAAAAGUAGACAGCAUCUAUGGCAUGUUGUUAAUUACCAGAGACAAUCAUUUUGGCUUUUUCAUCAGUUUGUAAAAAUGAACAAAAUUACAUUCACUCUAGUAAACUUUCAAUGGAAGUCUUUUUCCCCUAUGUAGCAGUCCCUUUCUGGUAUUACUGGUAUCUGGUAUGUGUAGAGUGGAAUUACCAGUGUUUAUCAUGGUUAAAACAGAAAUAUUGGACCUCAUUUUGCACAGACAUUGGCUGGGUUUCCUGAUAACGUUGCAACUUAAUCUUUUACAAUCAUCUUGACUCUAGUCGCUCAUUAACUUACGAUGGAGUAUCACCUGUUUCCCAAACCAGCAGGUAUAUCGCUCACUAUAAAGUAGAACUUAAGUGCUUCAUUAUGGGAGCUGUCCGGUCCAAAGGUGCUGAUCGCUUUGGCCAGUAUGUCUGGGAGUUUGUCUUCUCAACAUGGAAAUGAUGUGGAAAUACUAACAAACUCAACAGUUGUUUGUAACUUUGCUGAGGUGCUGAAAUGUAAUAACUAUUGCAGAAUUGAAUUGAAGAUACGAUGGUAGCUAUAGCAAGAUGACGUUUCAGAUGUAUUGAUGCUAAAUCAGAGUUUCAUGAAAGUGAUGCAAAAAAUGCAAUGUGAGUCGUAAGGGGCUCUCAUGUAGCCUAAAGUUUUGUUACUUCAGCUGGAAACUGAACAAAUGCUCACAGAACAAGAUUUAAAUGAUGGGCAUCAGCAUUGACCAUCAUAUUAAUCUAAAUAUGAAUAGAUUGUCUGGUUAAGAGUUCAAGGCACUGUAUGGGCUUGUAGCCUUACCGCCAUUACGCAACAUGCUCUUUGUUACUGCCUUGUAAAAAGACUAUAGGCGAGCCGAUUUGAACCAGCCAUAGGUGGGAGGAAGAAGAGGAGGAUGAAGAGAGAGAGGAAAUCUCUCAUUGCACACUCUUACUCUAAUCUCCUUUGUUAACCAUAUUUUAAUGAUUUAUUUAGG